AUGAGCGACGAAGAAACUUCGUCGUCGGAUAAUGAGAGUGGCGAGGAUGAGCUCGAGGACCCUGAUUUUGUUGCGGAAAACGUGAGUGACGACGACGAGCAGCCUGGGCCAUCAACAACCCCUACCCCCACCCCCACAACAAGCCGACGGAGGCCAUCACAGAGGGGGCGUGGAAGGAAUCAAGAUCAGGCCAAGACCAGGUCAAGAUCUCCAGCCCAGUCAGCAGCACAACCACAACAGAGCUCUGAGCCAUGGAAAACCGAGACUGAUCCUGACACUGCCCCAAAAGCCAGUAGGUUCAGGCCCCGCAGACCACCAGGAGCCCAGGUGGAUUUGCAUUCAGAGUACACACCAAAGGACCUCUUCCUGCUCUACUUCGCUGCAGAUACAGUGAGGACACUCUGCAGAAACACCAACAAACAGGCAGCAAGAAAACAGCAGAAGGGGAGCAAAUACCAGUGGACUGAUGUUGAUGUUGAGGAAAUGCACAAAUAUAUGGGUCUCCUCAUGUACACUGCAUUGGUGACUCUGCCAAGUAUCCAGGACUACUGGAAAAAAAACCACAUCUUAUCUGUGCCAUUUCCAGCGAAGGUCAUGCCAAGAGACAGAUUCCGGUCCAUAUCAUGGAGCAUCCACCUCAGUGAUCCAGAGGAGGAUGUCAGAAAUGACCAGCUCAAGGGUACACCACAGCACGACAAACUGUUCAGGGUCAAACCUCUGAUGGAUGACAUUCGGACUGCCUGCCAGGCUUAUUACCAUCCAAAGAAGGAACUGUCAGUCGACGAGAGGAUGGUGGCUACAAAAGCUCAAACUGGCAUGACCCAGUACAUGAAGGACAAACCAACCAAAUGGGGGAUCAAGCUCUUUGUGUUGGCAGAGUCGAACAAUGGCUACACCCUGAACUUCAAUGUGUAUGUUGGGAAAGCACACACACCCAGCGUGCAUGGACUGUCAUAUGAUGCUGUCAUGGACCUCAUUCAGCCAUCACAUCUUGGUACAGGAUACCAUAUUUAUAUGGACAACUUCUAUACAAGACCAGAACUGUUCCUGAGAUUGGCUAGUAUGAAUUUUGGAGCCUGUGGGACCUACAGGAGCAACAGGAAAGGGUGUCCUAGUGGCAGAGAAAAUGACCUCACCACCAAAUCCAAGAGGGGGACUGUGAGAUGGAUCAGAGAGGAUCCCCUGGUCUUUGUGAAGUGGAUGGAUACGCGGGAGGUGUCGGUGUGCUCCACAAUCCACCCAGCGUUUUCUGGCGAGGCUGUCAAGAGGAAGGUGAAGGAAGGACCUGGACACUGGGUAGUAAAAGACAUUCCCUGCCCUACUCCCAUCAUGGCCUACAACAAGCACAUGGGAGGGGUUGACCUGUCGGACCAGCUUAUUCAGUAUUACUCCGCCCACCGCAGAACUGCUUACUGGUACCGUACCCUGUUUGUGCACUUUGUGGACAUGGCAGCAACCAAUGCAUACAUCCUGCACUGUGACAUCAGCACAACCCAACAGGUCACACCCAUGACACACAAGAACUUCAUGGCAGAACUUGUGGCCCAGCUGUGCGGAGUGAACCAGGCAGGGGUUCCAGUUCAAAGGAGCACCAACCAUGUUCCUGUUGCCAUUUCCAAUGUUACAGAGGCCAAAGACAAAGCCACAGCAGGCCGCAGGGCUUGUCAACACUGUCAACAAGUUGACAAGAAAAGGUACGUCACUCCAUGGAAGUGCAAGGCCUGUGAUGUGGCUCUCUGUGCCAUUUUGGACAGAAACUGUUUUGAGAAGUGGCACAAAUAG